AUUUCUCAAGAUGGUUAAUUUGUCCCUCUGUUAGAGAAAUGGCACGAAUAUCUGUCAAUGGUGAAUUUGAACAUUCCCGUGUGGAAAUUGCCUAACUUAAGUUGAGUUUGAAGUUUGGCCCCAACUUGAUAAAAUAUUUUAUGGCUACAACAUAAAUAAUAUCGUGGCUCUGGCUAGAACCAGUCUUAAGUGAUCUAAUCCCAAGAAUCAACACAGCUGUUGGAAUCAACAUUCACUCAUUUAAGGUUAAGUCAAAUAAGUAACUAUACAGAAUUAUUUGUAAUGUUAUGCUAAAAUGAAUUGUUUCUUUUGAUAUUCAUAAUGAAUAAAGAAAAAAGUACGAAACGGGUCCGAAGAUGCAGAUUUGUUUCAAAAAAUACUACUCGUCAUCUUAAUGAGAAUGAAGAAAUUUCAGAUAUUGAUUUGGAAGCAUCCUCUUCAGAAAAUGAAGAGCCAGAAAUUUUACAGAGGUUUCCUGAUGAAAAUGAAGCUAUGGCAACUGUUAAUCCUGAAAUUAAUGCUAAUAGAGAUACAGAAUCGGAAGAAUCUAUAGCUUCAAUUUCGGAAGACGAUGAAAAUGACAAUGAUGAUGGCUUUGAAAAUGGAAUCAUGGAAGUAGUGGAAGAUGAGCCCGAAGAAAUAACGCAAUUGCGAGUUCUAGCGGUUAAAAGUGGUAUGAAGCAGAUACACGUUAAUGAAAUGUUGAAGAUUUUAAGAAACAGGCUUCUUCCAGACCUACCUAAGACGGCUAAAACAUACCUCGGAACUAGCACUGCAAAAUAUAAUAUUGAACCCAUGCAGGAUUCGGAUGGAUCGAAUGGCGAGUACGUUUAUUUUGGAAUAAAAUCAAAUCUUGACGAAUGUAUCGAUCCAAACGUCCACUCCAAGUCAAAGAUUUUCUUACAAUUUAACAUUGACGGAAUCAACCCGAAUAAAUCUGGAGAAAAAGGAUUUUGGGUAAUAUCUGCUAAGGUUCACUAUCGUCCUGAUAUAUUUAAACCAUUUGCUGUUGGAAUUUAUUCCGGAAAUUCUAAGCCAGCGAGAGUUGACGAUUUUUUUAAAGAUUUUAUUCCAGAAAUUAAUCUGCUUCAACGGAGAGGAAUUAUAAUCUUGGAAAAGCCUUUUAAUGUUAGAAUUCAUUGUUUCAUAUGUGAUAUGCCUGCUAGAGCUUAUAUAAAAUGCACAAAAGGCCAUACAGGACAUUAUUGUUGUGAGCGAUGCACCACCAAAGGUACAAGAGCUAACAAUGUCACACAGUUUCCGGAAAUAACGUGUGAAGAGAGAACUGAUCAGUCUUUUCGAACUCGCAGUCAACGUCAACAUCAUACAGGCAUAAGCCCACUUUUGCGAAUUCGUCCACCAGUAAAUUUAAUUCAUGCUUUUAUUCUGGAUUUUAUGCACUUGUUCUGCUUAGGAAUAAUGAAGCGAUUAUUAGAUAGAUGGUUUGUCAUUACAGGACGUGCGAAAGUUGGCUCAAAACUCAAGAAAGAAGUUAGCAGAAGGCUUGUGCAGAUCAGAAAAUGUGUACCGUGCGAAUUUCAACGAAAACCUAGAAAUUUGAAGUAUUUACAAAAAUUUAAGGCAACUGAAUUUAGGUUUAUUUUACUAUAUUGUGGACCACUUGUUUUGCAAGGUAUUUUGAGUGAAGUACGAAUGAAAAAUUUUCUUUUAUUGCAUAUUGCUUGCCGAAUUUUAUGUAAUGACGAACUUCUAGAAAAAUAUCAUCAACAUGCAAAUCUUUAUUUGCAGCGGUUUUUUUCAACAUUGCCUUCAUUGUAUCGCAGGAUGCAAACAAUGAACAUGCAAUGUAGCAUACAUGUUGUUGAUGAUGUUAUUACAACAGGCUGCAACUUAAGUGAAAUUACUGCCUUUCCAUUCGAGAAUUUUUUAGGAAAAUUGAUUGGUUUAAUUCGAACUCCCAACCGUCCAUUAGCUCAAAUCUGUCGUAGGCUCCACGAAUUGAAAAAAAUUGAUCCUCCAAAACCAACUCUACCUUUUCGUAUUCAAUUAUUAAAAUACAGUGAAGAGAAUAUUCUUAAACUAAAGUACAAAGAAUAUACAUUGGCUACAAAUAAUCCAGACAAUUUUGUAUUGCUUCAAGACAUGACACUUGUACAAAUAACAAGAAUCACUCGUAUACUCGAUAAUAUUGAAAUAGAAGGAAAUCCUUGGAAAGUGAAAAAGUCUUUAUAUUUGUAUCCAACAGAUUCUGAAACAUUGUAUAUGUGGGAACUUCGAGACAGAGCAGAGAAUAAUAUUAUUCGGUGUGAUUUAAACGAUAUUAAGUUUAAGAUGGUUAAACUUGAGUUUAAUUUGAAAGAAAAUGAAAAAAUUCGAUUUUAUACAAUGCCUCUUCUGCAUUACUCGUAAACUGUAUAAAACUUUUAGGUGGAAUAAAAGUGAAAAUAUCGUUUUAAUAUAUUUUUUGUUACCUCCUAAUCAAUUAAAAAUUUAAUAAUCUGCUUU